GGCAGGAGUAGUGCGUCUGCGCAGGCUGAUACGAAUUGCACAACUCUGGGCUCAAGAUGCCAUUUUACCAGUUCAAUCACUUCACUGGACGAUUGAAAAAUUCCACUAAUCUCCAGCCACUUUAUCCAAUUUCACCAAACCCCCUGCAAUCAGAACCACCGAAGAUGAUCUGGGACAGCAUAAAAACACAAGUUGUCAAGGUAGACGUCCCAGCUAGAGGCGCUGCCUCUACUCCUGGUGGUGCUCCUCCUCCUCCUGGUGGUGCUCCAAGGAAAGGCACUGUGCCCCCCAGAUUGAUUGCUAAGAUGAAGAAAUUCCAGCAACCAGGCUGGAGAACCACCCCAGUAUACCUCAUGGGAGGAACCCCCGACAAAAUCAUGUUCGGUGCCACUGUCGCCCUCUUAGUGUAUGGACUCUAUGGUGUUGCCGAGUUUGUGGCCGAACACAUCAAUGAUAAAUAAAUAAAUUAUGAAUGAUGAAAUCACCCGGUAGAACUGUAAAAUAUCUUAAAAAAUUAGAAAUGUCAAACAUUCAUUCGUAAUAAACAAAUAAACGAUACCUUUUCUUCAUCCA